UUUUGACUUUCUUUUUAUAUAUAUAUAUAUAUAUAUAUCACCAUGGGUAAAAUAUUGAAUUAUGGAUCAACUAAUAUCGAUGAAUUUUUCAGUGUACCUCAUAUUUGCAAGUCUGGUGAAACUCUCUCGUCCACCAAUUACUUUGUUCGUGCUGGUGGGAAAGGUGCUAAUCAAUCUGUUGCUUUGGCAAAGGCUGGCAGUCAAGUUUUCCAUGCUGGAAGAAUGGGUGGUGAUGCCAAAUGGGUACGUGAUACAAUGGUAGAAUAUGGUGUGGAUAUGUCAUUAACUGAAAUUGCAGAGGAUCAGAAAAACGGACGAGCUUUUAUUCAAGUCAGUGAGGAAACUAGGGAUAAUUGUAUUGUCCUAUUCCCUGGAACAAAUGCUACGUAUACUGGUGACGAUGCUGUCAAGGUGUUGGAACAUUUUGGACCUGGAGAUUGGAUUAUACAACAAAAUGAAAUAAGUGGUGGAGGUGAUAUUAUGCGAUUGGCUGCUGAAAAAGGAUUGUCUAUUAUUUUCAAUCCGGCACCAUUGACUAAAGGAAUCAUAAAUGACUUUCCUUUUAACAAGAUCGAUAUUUUGGUGGUAAAUGAACAUGAAGCUGCUGAUUUAUACAAGGAACUACAAGGAAGUGAUUCGAAUCUAGAAGGAUUAGAAUUGGCAACAGCACUCUUCAAACAUUUUGAUCAAAUGCAAGGUUUGGUAGUGACACUUGGUGGUGAAGGUGUGGUAGCUAAAUUUAGAUAUCAAGACAAAGUACGUGAUUUCAAAGUACCUAGUAUCAAAGUAAAAGUCAAGGAUACAACAGCUGCUGGUGAUACUUUUGUUGGAUACUUUUUAUCAACAUUUGUGAGUGCAGAAAAUGAAGAUUUUUUUGUCAGAGUACAACAUUCAUUGGAACAAGCCAACUUUGCAGCUUCCCUUGCAGUACAGCGUGAAGGAUCAAUGAUUUCUGUGCCUACUUUGGAACAAGUCGAACAUCAUUGGACAUCUAUUACCAAGAAGAAUUAGAUUAGAUUUGUUCUCUAGGUUAGAAUUUAUGUAUUAUACUUUUUUGAUCUGAUAUAUAUAUAUAUAAUAAAAAAAAAAGUCUUUUUUUGUAUAA